UAAACACCAAAGUGUAAAAGUGUCAUAAAAAUGUAUAAAAAUUGAAACGUCUAAUGAAAUAUCCAGAAUACAAAGAAAAAUUCAACUAAAGAAAAAGUUACAAGCGAGGAAGACAAAAAAAUAACCAGCCCAGAAUUGCUAAUUUAAUCAAAAUGAUUAUUUUUAAAACAUGCUACAAGCAUGACUAAUGAAACAAAAUGACAUUAUUAAGUUAAUUUUGAAACCGAAAUACUCAAGAUAGUUUAUACAAAAUAAUCCCCAAGGACGCAGCACCUGCGGAUAAAAGGCUUUAAUGGUGGCGCCCCCCAAAAGAAAAAAAACAACAACAACAACAAACGCAAUUCAUCAUCGCUAAUUGUCAACGGCAAAGUCAAAUUUAUUAACAUUAAAUAAAUACUAAAAAUAAAACCUACAAGACACCAAGUAAUUAUGCUUGACCCUGGUCCAACAAUAGCCAUAAACCCAUCUCCAAGAUAGAUAGAUAAAGAGAGUGAGAGAGAACGAACGAACAAACCACCCAAUUCCUCACCUAACACAUAGGAGUGACAGCUAGACAGAGAAAGAGAGAGAGAGAAACAGAGACUCUAUUGCAGUUGCGCUCCACCAACGUUCGUUGUUGAACGUCACAAACAAACAUCACAUUCCAUCAUCAGUCUGUUUACGGAUAAGACCGAACACGAACACUCCGGCCAUUCUGCCGCCCACUCUUCACUCGCCAGCCUCCAGACUGUCUAUCUGACCAGCCAGCGCACUUGUCCACAAUGGUGGCGUUUCACAAUACACGCAUUUUGCGUUUUCUUUUAGUUUUAAUUGUGGUUAUACUCACAAUAUUCAUAUAUGCCUCAUAUUCCACAUCAACGACAAUGCAGGCAACACAUUUGCAUGCCUCAGUGGCACAGCAGCUAACAGGAAAUCGUCCAGCAUCAUCAUCAUCAUCAUCAUCAUCAUCAUUAUCUCUGGAGCAGCAACAACCACAAAUAUUGAAUAACACGGGAGACGCUGCAGAUGAAUUAACCAAAGUAGUCAAUCAAAAACAACAGCCAGCAGGAGAGACUCUUCAUAAGAAGAGCCAACAUCGUCUGCCCACCAUUGAUGAGGAUGCCUUGUUGGAUGGUGGUUCUGCAGGGGCUAGUCCACAAUCAGCUGCCAUUUUAGAACAGAGUCAAAAUUUUCUAGAUGAACUGCAAUAUGUUCAAAAUAUUGAUGGUAUAACAGGCAAUAUCAAUAGCAGCAGUAGCAGCAGCAGCAACAACAACAACAGCAUUAACAACAACAAUAGUAUCACUAGCGAUGGCUUGGCCCCUGCUGCAGCAGCUGGAGGAGGAGCACGAGCCGGAGCAGCUCCACAACAAUCACAGUCCGAUGGAGAGGUUCUCAUACCCACAUCCAAUUUACAAAAGUUCAUUGAGAACGCCGAUAAGAUAUUAAAGAACAUUACUUUAGCAAACAAUAGUAGUCCAGCAGCAGCAGCAGCAGGUGUUGGCGCUGCUGUUCCUCCCGUCCCAUCAACCGGAAAUGAACAGCACACGGACAAAAACAAUCCAGUGGAUUGGUCAUUCUCAUCUGAUGUCGUAAUGCAGGUGAAACAUGAGAUUAAAGAUGUUGGCCAAAAGUUGACAGCUGCUGCAGCUGCACCAAUUUCACCACGAACGACAAAAAGCAAGACUCCAGCAGCAGCAGCAGCGAAGGCACCAAGUGUUCCAGUGGACCCAUCCAAAGGCAUAGCCACUGAAAAGAUCUAUGAAUCUGGUCAUCUGGAUGAUGAGAUUGAUGUGGAGCGUAUUUGCCCACAGGAGGGAGAAUAUACCAAGUUAUUGAUACUGAUAACUUCGGCUCAAUCGCAUGCAGAGGCCCGUAUGUCUAUUCGACAGACUUGGGGACAUUAUGGCACACGGCGAGAUAUAGGCAUGGCCUUCAUUUUGGGCCGCGGCACCAACGAUACCAUAAACAAGGCAUUGACCCAAGAGAAUUACAUGUAUGGAGAUCUGAUACGGGGCAGCUUCAUUGAUUCCUAUAAUAAUUUAACUCUCAAAACGCUCUCGUCAUUGGAAUGGGCGGACAGGCAUUGUUCACGGGCCAAGUAUAUACUGAAAACCGAUGAUGAUAUGUUCAUCAAUGUGCCGAAGCUAUUAAAAUUUCUGGAUCAACACAAGGAUAAGCGUGUGAUCUAUGGCCGUUUGGCUAAGAAAUGGAAACCGAUAAGAAAUAAAAAAUCCAAAUAUUAUGUAUCCACCGAUCAGUUUUCGGCAUCAGUGUUCCCCUCCUUCACCACGGGCCCAGCCUAUGUCCUAACUAGCGACAUUGUGCACGAUCUUUAUCAACGCUCGCUGCAGACUGUCUAUCUCAAGCUGGAGGAUGUCUUCACCACGGGCAUUGUGGCCCAAAGUCUGGGCAUUAAGCGGGUCCAUGCGAACGAGUUUGUCAAUCGCCGUAUUUCGUUUAAUCCAUGCAACAUACGGAAUGCGAUAAGUGUGCAUAUGAUCAAGUCAAACGAACAGUUCGAUUUAUGGAAGAAGCUGCUGGACCAGACAACCAAAUGUAAAUAGUAUUUUAAGUUUAAAAUUUAGAUUGUGUAUUUAGCAAGAGAGGAAACAAGCGAAAAACAUACAAAUACUAAUAUAUGUGGAAUAAAAAAAAAACAAUGCGGGAGGGAUAUUUAGGCAAAAGGCUCUAGCAUAAUUAGGUUUUAGUACAUCUAGUUUUUAACUUGUAAGUCCUAGGAAUAUCGAUCGAUCAAUAAGGAUUGAUAUUUGGAAAAACGCGAGAAACUUUUAAAAUGAUUUGUAGUUUAAUUUUAGCAUUCUAAAUGCCAUUAUUUAACUGAUAAUUACUGAGCGAUAACUGUGGUUAUAUCUUAACUCUAAAAUAUAUACAUA